AUGGUUGCCGGCGGUGGAGUUGUUUCUUCUUCCGGCAUGGAUGCAUACCGGGCCCUGCCAAACAAUACGAACUCGAACUGGUUCAAGGACAAGGGCCUCCGGCGUCUGAAUUUCGGCCUCAUGCUUAUGUUUGCAUCCGCUGCAGCAAAUGGGUAUGAUGGGGCUUUGAUGAAUGGGCUCCUGACUCUCCCUAUGUUUGCGAAGAAUGUCGGCGAGAAUAUAAGCUCGAACAUGGAGGGUCUGAUCAUUUCUGGUAUUUCGCUGGGAGGAAUGUUCACCUUUAUUCCAGCUUCGUACUUCGCGGAUUACUUCGGCCGCAAGAUGUCUGUCGCACUUGGAUCGGCCAUCAUGAUUGUCGCGAGCGUGAUCCAAGCGGCAACCGUCGGCCGCUGGGCCUUCUUUGGAACGAGAAUCGCGAUGGGUAUCGGGCUGGGCUUUGCGCAGACAGCCGCCCCGCCGCUGACUACUGAGAUAGCUCAUCCGCGGCAUCGUGGCGUUGUGACGGCCAUUUUCCAGGCUACGUGGUACUGGGGUGCUAUCCUAGCUGCUGCGGUGUGCUUGGGCACUUUUUAUGUGGAGGGAAGUACUUGGUCCUGGCGGAUUCCAUGCCUUCUCCAAUGUUUCUUCCCUGCUGUUCAGUUGGUAGGACUACUCAUCGUUCCAGAAAGCCCGAGGUGGCUCGUGUCAAAGGACAGGCGAGACGAGGCCUUGCAAAUCCUCGCCCGCUACCAUGGGAAUUGUGACACGUCAGAUCCACUGGUUCAGUUCGAGUUUUCUGAGAUCUGCAGUGCUAUCGAGCUAGAAAACUCAGUCGCCCAUAAGAGUGGUUGGUCUGCGUUCAUUGCAACCAAGGGAGCUCGGCAUCGCCUUGCAAUUUGUCUGUUGGUCGGGGUUAUGAUCCAGUGGGCAGGCAAUGGUGUCAUUUCCUACUAUCUUGCACCGAUCCUUCGAUCCGUCGGCAUUACCAAUCCUACGCAGCAAUCCGCCAUCAACCUGGGCCUGCAGGCGUGGAACGCAGUCUGCGCCGCGGGAGGCGCCGUCGCUGCAGAGAAAUACGGCCGACGCCCUCUCUGGAUGCUCUCCACUGUUCUUAUGCUCCUAUUCUUUACCCUGGCGACUGUCCUUUCUGCCGUCUUUGACGAAUCAGCCAUCAAAGCUGCUGGCAGUGCGGUUGUCGCAUUCCUCUAUCUGUUCUACGGCGCGUACGAUAUCGCCUAUACCCCGCUCUCAAUUGCGUACCCGGUCGAGAUCAUGCCAUUCUACCUGCGCACCAAGGGCUUAUCGUUAAGCUUAACGGCGCAGUUUGGGGCGGGCUUCUUCAACCAGUUCGUCAACCCCAUCGCUCUCGGUGCGAUAAAAUGGAAGUUUUAUUUCGUGUACCUUGGUCUGUUGGUUAUCUUUUUGGGCAUUAUUUACUUUGUGUUUCCGGAGACAAAGGGCCACACACUGGAGGAGAUUGCUGUCAUCUUCGAUGGUCCUGGGGCAGAGACGGAGGUACAGCGGGAUCUGGCCGCUAUCAUUGCGGUGGAGAGGGAGGUAAAGGCUCCUAUGAAGGAGGAGUUGGAACACGCUCCAUAG